AUUCAAACAUGAAUUUAAACAUGAUUGUAAUCGUGUACAAUAAUACUGCCCAGCCUACUAGUACAUCUGGGCUCGCUGGACCAGGCCGUUCGCACUGUAUUGGCGGUGGUUCAGAAGAAUUGCUUAUACAUUGUACAUUGCUCCUGAAUCGACUUACAUGUAGGUGGUGUGGCAACACACUGCGUAUGCACUGGGCGUAUAGAAUACUGUUCAGACCUGAUCGGCUGAGCACUGCGCUGACAGAGGAACGUGGGUACAAGAUAGGCUAGAAGGAGCAGUGGCAUGGGCACAUGGGGAUGUGUGUGUGUGUGUGUGUGUGUGUGUGCGUGCUGCAUUGCGGAAGAAGCACCACUGCAACGCGGGGAUCCAUUUUCCGUCUAGUCGCUCCCUCAAUUGCUGUGUUUACCGGGUGUGUGACUACGUAGACGGCGAUGCUGUGAUGUGGAUAGACCCCGUCUGCAGACCUGCACCAUUCUCAGGCUACAUGGUCUUGUUGUUCGCAGCGUCCACCAAGGACAAGCCACGGUUGGACCUCUAAAAACCGAACUGUUCUUGGAUUGAAAGCUUGUGUUGGGGACGAGCCCACGUAGUGUAGGUUUUCUCUGUAGAUCCGUGACCCGUCUCGAGCUUGCCUGAACCCUCUGCUGCUUCUGUUACUGUCAAGUGCCAUCAGAAAAGUGGAAGAACUACUCUGGGAUCCCAUCAGUUUGCAGCUGAGUGGAGAGAACGCAGCAAAUGGUUGCUGACAACUGUCAACUCCAGAACGCUAUGUAGAUGUCCUGAUGUUGCCUGACCUGUCAGCGGCGCUUUCACUUUUGACCUCUAAUCUCGCGUGCACACCUUGCUCAGUGAGUGAUAUCUUCCCAACGUUAUAGCUGAUGGCGCGAAGGCUGCAUGUAUAUGGAGUCAACGGGAGAUGAUCUCCCGCUGCACACUAGAGACUGUGCAGGCUGAUCUAUACUGCUAGUGCAGUGGCCAGACUGGGAAAAGAGAACCUCUUCCCCUAAGCUAACGCGCUCAGAAUACAUCUUCGGCGGGCUAAAGCUUUGCCUUGCUUCCCUUCGGCGGGGAGAAAAGACGUAGUAUUUACGUUGCGUGACGUGAAGGAGAGCGGACAGUGCAUCUGCGAUGGAGAUGGAACAGAGAGGAGCGGAGUUCGUCGGAAGACCAACGGGAGUGCGUAUGGCGAAGGAGCGGGAACGAACCCGUCUACGGAAAGCCGAUAGCGGUGCGCGGAGGUGUGGAACAAAUGCGACUGCAUGCCAAGAGAGAUGGCACUGGAGCUGUGGUAGUGCUGGUGGUGGUGGUGGUGGACGUUGUGGUCGUCGUGUGGACACGCUUGUUCUUGUUCUAGUGGUUGCAAGCGUCAGCGUGGCACUUGCGGGUGCAGUGGACCAUCCAACGCACAAACGGCACCAUGUCAGCAUCAGAAGUAGUCUGAGCUAUGCUAACAGUAGAAGUAAAGACAGUGAAGCUGGUGAGGAUGGCGUUCUCCACACGAGGGUCCUGGAGGAUGUUGCCCACACGAGGCACAGGAGGGUUCUGAAGGACGCCCCGCUACAUUGGGAUGUGUAUCGCUUCGACAUCGCGGACGACACGACCCUUCCGAGGGCACAGUGCGAGGCUGGCUGCAUGACCAGGACGGAGUCCAUACAGACGAAAAAGUGGCAGCCGUUCGUGUGCGAUAAAGCAUGUCGAGAGUGUCGCAACAUAUCCUGUCGGCGAGAAAGUGACCUGCUCUCGUGUCUGCAUCAGUGUAAUGCAACCUCCUCAGAGCAAUGUGCAGAGAUGUGUGAAGUGGUGUAUGGUGCGUCAUCUUUACCCAGGCGAUACGAUGCACUUCCUCCACAUCCCAACGACGGCCCGGUGCUAUGGCUGAACCAGUCGCUCAAUUCCCAGUGGAUGUUCUGGGUGGGCCUGGGCAACGUGGAUGACACGGAUCCGGUGGCCAUGCGUACGGCUGAGGCAGUCAUCUACCUGGCACGGCGAAUACGCAUGAAGUACAACGAGGUCACCGGGCGCAUUGACGAAACGCUGGAGGGAAAGAUUAUGACCACCGAUUCUGCUCUUCCUACGAAGCGUCUGUUUCGCCAACGUAGACCUGUUCGAGGAGAGAGGGUCUGCUAUAGGUUUGAUGUGGCAUCGGUCAACCGCUUUGGCUCGCAGGGAUUCUUGAGGAACGAAAUCGUCUUUCAUCCCGCGCAGUUUGGACUGGAAGUGAACUCAGCACAGCAGACAGACCCAUGCUGGCAACGACUGUGCAGUGCGGGUGGAGAGAGCACUGGGCUGCUGACAGCAGCAGCAGCAGCAGCAGACCUGCGCCUGAGAGUGGACACACAAGAGUGGAGCUGGCAGCAUUUGCACUGGACAUACAACAUCACCUGGAACUUAUUGGCAAAAUCCCGAUGUCAGCGAGUACUCCUCACCACACCGAGGAUUGACCAUGAACGUUGUGGCAAUGAUCAAGAACUUCUUCUCGUGGAGGACAAUGCCUGGCUACUGGUCAAGAACCUCGUGGAGCAGUGCAACUUUACCAUCACAGUUAUUGACUUGCCAUCAGGGAGAAACUCAACCGUUGAAUUCCGAACACCCAGCAGAGAUGUGAUCCAGCAGGCACGGGACAUAAACAUCGGAGAUCUGCUGUUAGACACCAGGGUCAGUCCGCAGAGGAGCGACCACCUCUUCCUCGCCACAAACGUCUCCUGGAGACAGCCGUACGACAUGAAGCUGCUGCGCGGCUUCUGCCUGCAGCUGUUUGAGCGCAGCAGCACGGACGACAUCCCGCACCCCAGGCCCACAUACUCGCAGUGCCGCGACUCAAGAAUUCAGCCGAUCUACCAAUAUGAUGCAAUGUAUACAAAGAAACUUGUCCGCCUGAAGCCUGGAACAAUUUACGAGCUCGAGAUUGCUACAAUGGUGUCAAACAGCUUUUUCACCUUUUCGUCGUCACUGGUCUUCACAACACCAAAGCUGCAGCCCUCCAAUCUGCAGCUGCUCUCGCUGAACAGGAGCAACGCGGUCGUGGCGUGGAAGUUCAAUCCGGUACGGAGCGUGAAGCAGCAGGGCGGCCGGCUCUACUUUGCAUGGCUGGAGGUGCCACACGACUCCCUGCUGGCCACCGAGAUUGACCAGCAGCUGGACAACCAGGAAGAGGAGACCGACUCCAAGGCGAUCCAGAGCCGCAUCAUUGGGCAAGCUCAGCAGAGGAGUACCGACGACAGCGGUGCACUGCAACCGGCAUCUUUUCUCGCCUUCCUCUCCGACUGGAACCUCCUCCGCGAAUACGUGCAGAAGAAGACGUCCUUUUCCGGAAUACGCAGCAUAGAGCUACAUGACUCGGAUACCUAUUCCACUGACAUCAAUGGUCUGACGGCUGGCCGCCUGUAUGCAGUCGUGAUAUUUGGCCCAAAUGUCCAUGGACGUCCUGGCAUUCCAAGCUUGCAGCUCGCGUUCAAAACCGAGAAACCUGAUGGCGAUAAUAGCAGUGAUGACACUGGACCCGAUCCAAGAGGUGCCAGUGGCAGUAGCAAUGGCGGCGGUAGCUUCUGGACAAAGGGUCACGUGGCAUCCGUAGUCGUACCGUCCGCCGGCAUCGUUCUCAUCCUGGUCGUCGUGGUGAUGAUCCUGGUCAUCGUCUACCUGUGCAGGCAGCGCAGCCGCGGCUAUCCCACGUCAGCACAGCACGGCAAUGCUGCACUGGUCAGGAAGCGAAGUGUGGGUGAUGUCAUCAUGACGUCAUCAAGCAUGCACCCCAGCGGUGGUCGCGAUUCGUCGGCAUGCUUCCGCAGGCAGAAGGCGGACUCGGGCAGUCUGGGCGGCGGAUCAGGCAGCGUGAUCUCGCGCCCGGCCACGUGGAUAGCGCACGACGCCAAUGCUGUACCAAUGCUUCACUUCUCGGCGCACGCGGACAAUCACGAACCGUCAGCCCGCAGCCUUGCGUGCGGUGCCGGUGGUGGUGGUGGUGGUGGUGUUGGCACGACGAUCGUCACGACAAUGGCGGCCGGCUCGAGCAGUGGUGUCGGUGCCGAUGUGACCUACAGUUCGCUGAGUGCCAUGUCCAGUCCGGUGCACUACGGCGGCACACGGCGCGUCUCCAGCUUCUCCGGUGUCGGCUCGCCGGGGCACUCGCGAAACCAAACGCUCUCCGUGCCGCCGGGCGACGGACGUGAAGGUCCGAGCAUUGAGCUGAGACGUGCUCCCUCGGGGAGAUCAUGCGUUCAUGCAGUCGAAUUCAGCGCCAUACGCCCGGGCAGUCCCAAUCAUCCCUUGGCCGGUAGCAUCGCCUCGCCCGAGCACAAGAACAUCUUCCUCAGCACCAUCUACGGCGAGAGCGUGUUCAAUCACGACUCGCUGCGACGCUCAAAGUCCAGCAUGGCCGCCAUCGGAGGAGGCAGCCCAGCGCCGACGUCGUCAGCAGUCUCGGCGUCCUCGUCUUCGUCAUCACAACCGCCCAGGACGGCACCAAAGCCGUUCAAGUUUGGGGGAGAGGGCGGCAGUGCGCGUGACCACCACCGUCCGUACUGCGUCACCACCACGUCGACUGCAUGCAGUGCCCCUCGCGUCAGCACCUGCACCAUAUCCGUCUCCAACGCCAAUGAGAGCGCGCUGGCAAGUUUCCGGGCGCCCGACUCCACUGCAACUGCCGCUGCAUCAUGAUUUUUACCCCUAGCAAAUACUUCCUCUUUUUUUUGUGUUGCAUGCCACAAGCAUCCCCUCCCGUGCAGUACUUUCCGUGUACCGCCGCACCGUCUCAAUGACUUCCGAGCAGUCUUCAACGAACAGCGAACGGAGUGAUUCAGAUCUUGCCUUGAAUCCACUCGCAUUCCCUAAAGAUUACAAUCCCUCAACCAAUGAAUAUUCCCUAAAGACAUGCUCAUUGCGAGAACAGAUUUAGCUACACCCAAUGAAGCUAAAAAAUAAAUUUACUUAUUAGAAUAAUUAUGACGACAUGCAUGUACUGCCAUAAAAACGUAAUCUUGUAAUGGUACAAUAAAUGCAACAGCUCUUAUCACGUUCAGAAUAACAUAUCCGUAUCCAUCUCUAACUGACUACGAAUAAAUUUGACCUUUAGUUCGCUUGAGCAGCUAUUAUUCGAGAGCUUUAUAAAAGCAAAGGAGCCCCCUCCAGACUCAGAUUUAUGUAAUUUUCUUAUUCGUUUACCAACCCUGGUGCAUACUGCCGCUAACUGCUUGAGCCCCCACUUGUUCAAAACCGAUAACUGUAUAUCUCGUACGCUCCGGUACGCACAUAGAAGUAUGAUACACGUUGCGACACAGCAUAUUCAUGCGUUUGAGAAAAUGUAAUGGACAUUGAUUCGUGACUGUAUUUCUUGGCAUCAUGCAUGUCCAUUCGUAAUGCCUUACCAAUAUCAACUCCCUGACUGUAAUGAUCAAAUUCUACAUGAUGUUUUGCAAGCACAUUGAAACACAUCUAUACAAUACGACCAUCA